AUGGAUCCACAGCCAAUUACACCACCCGCUACAAAGAAGAGAAAGGUAACAGAAGCGGACAAGAUCAUGGAAUCAAUAGAGAAUGAUCAACAAGCAGAUUCAAGCGUUACAAACAAUAAGAAUGCUCGUACCAUAAAAGAAUACAAGAAGAAGUAUGAACUGUAUGAGAUGUAUUGCGAAAAACACACUUUGGAUACGAAAGAUGUUAGAAGUAUGAUAGCGUUUUUCAAAUUUCUAGCCGAAAGUAACGAUUACACUGGUAAAAAGCUGUGGAAAGUACAUUCUGCCAUCAGUCAUUGUUAUCAAGAAACCACUGGAUACAAAUUGAAGAAGGCACAAUAUUACCCACAAUUAAAGCAGACCAUAGAGUCAUACAGUUCUGGCUCGUAUGCUGACAAAGAAGAGCGUGCUGAUGUAUUACCAGAUGAAAAUGUUGCUCUACUUUUCCUCAAUGCGAAAACAGAUACCAUCAAACAGAAGCAAAAUCUAGCACAAUUCUCAUUCCUGUGUUACCUUUCUCUUCUUUGUAGCGGGUGGUCAGCAACCCCUGGAAUUCGAACGCUGGACCAGUUGGCUGCCACAGUUCCAGUUCACAUCAAAAAAAUGUGUUCCAAGUAUUUCAAUGACGAGACGGAGGAGGAGUGGAAAGAAUUCUUCAUGCCUGGAAGAAUAUGUUUGGUUGGAGAGCAUAGUGAUUGGGCUGCUAUUUCCGAGUAUAACAAGUCUUUCUCUCGAGAGCAGAAUGCUUUCAAUGAUCACGCAGAUACUGAUCUCUCAUCAACUUCGUUUUAUGGACUCGCUUUAAUUUGUCCUACGGAUCAGGGAAUUCAUAUUCGUGUGAGAGAGGAAUUUAUUUCCACCACUCCAUGGAGUGAUGAUCUAUUAUCAUUGAAAACCAACGUAGAGUUGAAAAAGGAUCCGACCUCCAAUGUUACCAAUGAUGAUGACUCAAGUACCGAGUUUCCUUUUCAUCUACUACGGAAAUUAAAUUUUACAUUUGAAACAGAGAAUACAACUCCUCUUGUAAAAUCAAACCGAUUGAUUUUUAAAUUAAGCGAUUUAUUUGAAUUAUCAUUGAGUGAAUUAUUGAAGCAAGAUUAUUUCUUUGAACAUGUGUCCGAUGUAAAAUAUUAUUCUUACAUGAUUGGAGUAUUGAAAGGGAUAUUUUCAGAUAUUCAAGUUGUGGAGAGAAUUGCAAACUCCAAAAAGAGUUUAUUUUGUCACAAUUAUAGAACUACAUUACCAAUGGGAAAGGGAGUGAGUUCGAGUGCUGCUAUUUGUGUUUUAAUUGCUCGAAUUUUCAAUCAUUGUUAUAAUCUAAAUUGGAGUAUUGAGAAGGAAAUUGAAAUUGCAUUCUUGGGAGAGAGAUCGAUUGGAAGUGAAUGUGGAAAGCUCGACCAUGCUUGUGCUUAUGGUGACGUGGCUCGAUGUCUCUCCGUACGAUUUAAUUUAGAUUCAACCAUGAAUAUUGAGAAAAUGAUUCCACGAGAAACGAAUCAGCCCAUGUCUGGUAAUCUUCACGUAUCCAUGUCGGAGGAUGUGCCUUCAUUUACCACCCAGACAAAAAUUUCAUGCGAUGAUGACAAGAACAUGUCAUACCACGACAACCAAUCAAAUGGAAAAAUUUACAUGCUUCUCAUCGAUCUCAAUGCCUCUAAAGACACUGUGAAAAUUUUAAAAGAUCUCAAUCGAGCAUUUUCCCUUAAUGAAUAUGCCUUGGACACAACACUUGUCAACAAUGCGAGAAAGUAUCUUCUCCAAGAAAAUGUGAGAAUAUGUAGUGAAGCUCUUUCAUAUGUGGAGCAACAUAAUGCACAAGGUCUGGGAAAGCUGUUUAACACAGCCCAAGAUUUAUUUGACCGCCAUUUGGCACCACUUUGCCCUAGUGAGCUUACUGCUCCAGUUCUUCACUCAGUGUUGUCCGAUGAAACAGUGCAAGAAUUAGCCUAUGGCGGAAAAGGAGUGGGAAGUGGUGGUGAUGGCUCGUGUUUAGUGUGUUGCAAAGGUCGUAGGGAGCGAGACAUGUUACGUGAAUAUUUAGAAAACAGUAAGGGAAUGACCUGUCUGGAUUUGACACUGUGA